AUGCGCAUAUGGAAAAUGACAUCUGUUGCUAACGCGAAUAUCGUGCCGGACGGAACACAGCACGAAGAGGAAUCGCCGUGUUUGCCCACCGUAGACAGUCCACUAUUCGACUUGGCGAGCCCAGGCGAAAAACUCACGAGUGUGGUUUUGAAAUCAGUGCCUGGUCAACUGGACCCGGAUAUUGAGUUAGCCUGUGGUUAUCGGGAUUCGGGAAUCAUCAGACUAUUCCAUCCCUCACAGAACAGAUUAAUACAAGAAAUCACGCAUCACCAGGGAUGCAUCAUUUCAGCUUUGCAGUAUUCUCACUGUGGAAAGUUUCUGUACAGCGCAGACUCAUCAGGUACGCUAGCUGUCUGGCGUCUGCAAUCAAACAAAGAACCUCCAACGGUAGCCAAACUACUUCGGACACGCCCAAAACAAAUCGCCGUGUUUUCUUCGCCAUCGCAUAGCAAGACGAACACGGCAUCUCAAAUUCGCAGCAUUUUGUCCUGCUGUCCCGACGAGGAUCGAAUGGCUUACAUCGGUCCGAGUCCCAAUGUGCUGACCAUUGCAUGUGGACCCUCGUUGCAAACAACCGUGCGCAUUAAUUUGGAUCAACUUUCGCGUCGAUGUUUUCCUCAUCAACCUGAUCCGCUGUUUGGCACAUUGGGUGUCAGCCCAAUAACGCAACCGAUUCUGUUGAACUUCAGCGCCCGCUGUCCGUAUUCCGGUAUCUCAAACGUGAUUCUGGCCACACCAACCGGACAUAUAUUUCGUUUUCACGGUAGAGACGGACGACUGCUAGCCUAUGCUACAUUUGGCGCAGCAUGCCUGCUUUUACGUUCAAACCGUUUAGAUUCAACGGGAGAUAGCCGCGACACACCUGUGGGACAAACGCAGUGGUCUACAAUGGCCAUCAGUCCUGAUGGUCGCUUUAUGGUUUUAGCUGAUGCGGCUCGCCCGCUGCUCUACACUACUUCAGUUCGACUUCACCUUGUUCAACCGAAUAAACAGUAUGCAACAACAACAACACCAGAUAUUCGUUGGCGUCUUCAAUACAAAACGUUUAGCGGACACUUGUACCCAGUGACAUCAGUUCUGUUCACACGAGAUCAAAAGUGCUGUGUAACAAUUGAUCAAGGUUUUGGCCUGGUCGGGGGAAGCGCCAUAUUCGUUUGGAAAUUUUCCCAUCCCUACAGAAAAGUUCGAAUUGGGCUGAAUCGUUCGAUAGACGAGUAUGCCUCGGCAGAUCCGAGGCAGGAUUACACGAACAAGACUACAACCACAAGUUAUUUGGAGUCUCCUAUGAACAAAACAGAUUGUGGGACAAACGAUCUCUCGUUUCCAAAAACACCACCUCCAAGUGUGGUAAAAGGAGGAAGAGCAUCCACUUUGAAUGGUGUGAUAUCGGAAGGGGAACUGAGCAGUGUUCCGUCAGAGUUUACUUCGAAUAAACAAAUUAAACCAUCCAAUCCACCCCAGUCGUACUGUCAUCCGAAAUGGCCGAUUGCCGAGGUCGAAAAUCUGACAAGCUCGCUUACUAAAGCACUUGAUCGUGAGGAGGCGUUACUCACAUUCUCCAAAUAUGAUGGUUGCCACAAUGCUAUUGUCCGAGGUGUGAUUGGUUACGCCCCAGGCGGGCUCACCGUGGACAGUCUGGUGUGGGACACAGAAUCGGGCUUGUUUGUUUUUAUUGCGGGUAUGUUCCUGAUUUGUGAGCACUUAGAAACCGGUCGACAGCAGGUAUAUGCUUCAAAGUACGCGACCCAAAGUGAAUCAUCCGAUUCUCCAAAUGUCCCACGACUCUGUUCGGAAAUGCUAACAACUAUGGCUUUGUCAUGCUCGCGACGCCAGCUAGCUGUUGGUUCCAUGACCAAAUGGGAGGUGAUCACUGUGGGAGAUACGACAAACCGGACCAUUACAGAAAGCACCAGGUACCAGGAAUCCCGUUCGGAUAUCAUUUUGAUUCCACUCAAAUCAUGCCAGAGCAAGUUCCAGUUUCAUCCUAACCGCGAGGGAGCAGAUGAACAGGAAACAAUCGAACUUGGUGGAAUAAAACGACUACCAUAUUCUAAAGUUUUGCGUGAACAGACAAGCGCGUUUGGUCAAUUCCGACGAAAUCCUCUACUACUCAGGUUGACGUUUACUCAAAACUCGCGUCAUCUAAUCACGAUUGGAGAAUUUCAUGCCAGUGUGGUUGGUCUGUGGUGCACGAGGACCGGAUCGCUGUUGCAGUGUUGUAUUAUUGAAGGUGCACUAAACCAAGUUGCUUGUUCUUCUAUCUCACCAGAAUGGUUUGUGACGGUCGGCGUCGGGAACACAGCUGUUUCCCGAUCGGUCACUGGGCCAUUAGUGUUUUGGAAGAUCACGGAAUUCGGCCGAUUUCGAGGAGACACGUUAGUGCCAGAAGGUGCUGACUGUGGAACUCUGGCCGGAAGAGAGUUCAGUUCCGCUGUCUAUAUUACCGUGGGGGACCGAAUCCAUGAACACAGUGCUAUUACAUGUUCCACGGCUUCAGGUUUAAGAGAAUUACUGGUCGUUUCGGACGUUGUCGGCUUAAUUUAUAUUUGGAAUCCAGAACGGCGACGCUGCUUAUUCACCUGGAGGCCCGGUUGUUUUGAGCAUGGCUUGCUAACGACUUGCGGUCCCACAACCCUGCUGACCGGUGACGCUUCAGGACGCCUGUGUACAUGGCACCUCAGUGUUGGAUUCUCACUAUCUGCGAAUGAAUCUGCUCAAAGCAGUCGACCAAGACAUUACUCGGAUUCCAGUGAAUUCACAGAUCUGGCCUCCACCGUUACUGUCAAGCAAAUUCGAGAAAUCCGCACGAUUCAGCAUCACUCGCCCAGUGCCAUCAUUGUGGGCCAUUUCGAUGCGGAUGGGCAAUUGGGUGUGGUUGGAACGAACGAUUCAAAUCUAUGGUACAUAGAUUGGUCUAAUGUGAACGAGUCAGAGACAACCAGUCAUACCGAUUUAGCGGACGAUAUCGCAGCCGGUGUGGUUCGCUUGUUCGCUGGACACGAGGAUGAAAUUUGUGCUCUGGCCUGGUGGAAUCCUCAGUCGUCGAUUUCAGUAGAAAACCCAUCAAAUACGGGUGAAUUCACGCCACUUUUACUUACAGUUUCCGCCGUGGGAACCAUACGGGCGUGGGAUGUCAAUAGCCGGGAAUUGUUAUGCCAAAUCAGAGUAAAAAAUCGCAGGACCGGGGUUGAAGAUAAUCGGAAAAUGGCAGCAAGCAUGACAACUCUCGAGCAGUUUCAAUUUCACUGUUGUGGUCUGGAAACGGGCGGAAUUUCAGAUGGUGAGGAUGUGCGAUCUGGGCAGUUCAUCGCGGUCGGUUGUGUGGCUGUUGCUUGUGCCGAUACCAGUUUACAACUGUUCUGUUUGCACAAACUUCGACUUGUCAGUCAGAUUCCACCGGUGAGCCCGUCUGAGAAUGAUUGUACCACCGCGUUACAUUUUAUCGGUCCGGAUCAUCUGGCUUUGGGAACGCGGAACGGUUUGAUUAUUUUGCUUACAAUUCAACAGAAUGGACGCAUUGCGGUGACCCGCGUGCUACGAGAUCAUGUCAACGAAUCCAACGAUCCGGCUCAGAUAGUCGAACUAAAAUGUUAUCCAUGGUCCGUGUCUCGACUAACGACGGACGAGAUUUUCAACGGCAGCUGCUCUGUGCGCUCACGAUCAAAGCACGGUGGAGCUCGAUCGGAUCGCAGUACGGACACCACGUUCGAUUUGUUGCGGAGUCAAAGUAAUCGGUCCACAUUGAGCGAGUCUAUGCGUGAGGAGAUGAGAUUCAAGUAA